AUGCAGCAGAAUAACACACAAAAAAAAUCCAAAAAAAUCCGUUAAUCAUAUCCUUUUGUUUGGUCAAUUUUCAUCCAUAAAUUCUUACAUCAUCUUCCACUUACAGAAUAACACACAAAAAAAUCAUGCAGCAGCUAUAACAAUAUAGAACCUUUGAGAAUAGUGUUAUAUGCUCUAACAUAAUUGGAAAUGGCUCUAUCGCUUCCAUUGAUGAUCAACCAAUUGAGCAUACUAUUUCAUCCUUUUCUUGUCUCUUUGUUCUUCCUCCUUUCCCUCCUGUUUUUGUUCAUACGCAGUAGAUCAGGUGGCAAACGCAAACUCAAUUUGCCUCCUUCCCCACCAAGAUUUCCCAUAAUUGGAAACCUUCACCAACUUGGUUCACUCUUACACAGCUCCUUCCGAGAUCUUUCCCUGAAAUAUGGCCCUGAUCUAAUGCUUUUACAAUUAGGCCAAACUCCAACUCUUGUGGUUUCCUCUGCAGAAAUGGUGAAAGAAAUGAUCAAGUCCCAUGACAUCGUCUUCUCAAACCGACCAAGGACGACUGCUGCUGAUAUCUUACUCUAUGGUUGCAAAGACGUGAGCUUUUCGCCUUACGGCGAGUAUUGGAGACAAGUAAGGAAGAUUGGUGUUCUUGAACUGUUGAGUAUGAAAAGGGUCCAUCAGUUUCAGUUUGUGAGGGAUGAAGAAGUAGCAAUAUUGGUUGAAAGGAUUCGCAAAGCUUCUGUCAAGGGAGUUCCUGUAAACCUAACCGAGAUGUUGUUUGCAGUAUCGAAUAAUAUAGUCUCUAGAUGUGUUCUUGGACAGUGUUUUGUUGGAGAAGAUGGUAAGAGCAAGUUUGGAGAGGUGGCAAGGAGGUUGAUGACCCACUUCGUGGAAUUCAGUGUGGGAGAUUUUUUCCCUUCUUUGAGAUUUAUUGAUGAUCUGAGAGGCUUUACUGGGCGUUUGAAAAAAACUUUUGGUGAAUUGGAUGCUUUCUUUGAUAAGGUUAUUGAAGUUCACAAAGCAGUAAUGGAAAGUGACACAGCUGAUUCAAAAGACUUUGUGGAUAUUCUUCUCAGGCUUCAAAAUGAUAAAAUGCUCGACUUUGAAUUCACUAGAAAUGACCUGAAAGCACUCUUAAUUGACAUGUUCGUGGGUGGAAGCCAUACUACUUCAACAUCAUUGGAAUGGUUAAUGGCUGAGCUUGUGAAAAAUCCAAAGGUAAUGAAGAAAGCUCAGGAAGAGGUUAGAAAAGUGGUAGGUAAAAAGCCCAAGGUAGAAAUGGAGGAUAUCAAUCAAAUGGAGUACUUGAAAUGUGUUAUCAAAGAAAACGCAAGACUACAUCCACCAGUUCCUCUGUUAGUUCCUCGAGAAACAACCUCGAAGAUCGAAAUGGGAGGCUACCAUAUUCCUGCAAAAACAAGAGUGUUUAUCAAUGCAUGGGCAAUCCAAAGGGAUCCAAGAUCAUGGGACAGAGCAGAGGAGUUCAUACCAGAAAGGUUUGAAAAGAGCAGUGUUGAUUUCAAAGGACAGGAUUUCCAAUUGAUUCCAUUUGGUAUUGGAAGAAGAGGGUGUCCUGGAAUGUCAUUUGGGAUUACUUCUAUUGAAUAUGUGAUUGCCAAUCUUCUCUAUUGGUUUGAUUGGAAGGCGUCUGACGGUGGUUUGGGAGAGAAUUUGGACAUGAGUGAAGCUAAUGGUCUGACUGUUACUAAGAUAGUUCCCCUUCGUCUUGUUCCAAUAUCCUACUCCACUACUUGAUCUUUAUGCCAAAUGGGAGAUUAUAUGAGAUGGUGCUCAUAGUUUUUAAUUCAUAUUUAUUUUUAAUUUUCUGUUUGAAUUAAAUUUCGCUUUUGGGUUUAUGAUAUUGUUGUAAUUGGCUUUCACUGAAUGAAUUAUAAUAAUAAUAAUAAUAAUAAAAAUUGAUGUCA